GAGAGAGAGAGAGAGAGAGAGAGCAUGCUUCAUGAAUGAGUCCCCCUCUACCGCACAGCGGGUUGGAUCCUUCAUCCUCCUGCACCCCGACGGGGAACAGUAAAGCAUCCAGCCGCUGAUGAACCAGGACAGAAAACACUUCCCACCAGCGCCGCAAGACCGAUUCUCCCCUUCAGGACCCGAGAGGACACGGCACGAUGCUUGAUGGACUCCGGCGGAGGCACGCCUCCCGGCCCUCCUCACGACCCCUGUCACUUAACUUCAGCACCUUCUCUGCCCCUCCCCCGAGCCCAGACAUGGACAGCAGCAGUGAGCAUCCAAUCCGGAGGACUUUGCACCGGCUGAAGUUGAUGAGCUCCCCCAGCCUCAGCGAGCUGGGGAAGAGCGAGAAAGGUUCACCAGAGGACCGAGGAGAGAAGCAGAAGAGGGCAGGAGCCAACGCCACCUGGAACAGUAUCCACAACGCUGUCAUAGCAGUAUUCCAAAAGAAAGGUUUGGCAGAUAAUGAACUCUACGUCCUAAACGAAGGUGUCAAGCAUCUGUUAAAGACUGAGCUGGGGUUUUUCUUCACAGAGUACCUUCAGAACCAGUUGCUGACAAAAGGCAUGGUCAUACUACGGGACAAAAUAAGGUUCUACGAAGGUCAGAAGUUACUCGACUCUCUGGCAGAGACCUGGGACUUCUUCUUCUGUGAUGUUCUGUCGAUGCUGCAGGCCAUCUUCCAUCCGGUUCAGGGUAAGGAGCCCUCUGUCCGACAGCUAUCUCUGCUUCACUUCAGGAACACCAUAGUCUUGAGUGUAAAGUUAGAGGACGCCCUGUCUCGACCUCGGGCCCGUGUGCCGCCCUCUGUUACACAGAUGCUGCUUAUUCUUCAGGGGGUCCAUGAGUCGCGCGGUGUGAACGAGGACUACCUGAGGCUCGAGUCCCUGAUUCAGAAGGUGGUCUCGCCCUACCUGGGCACGCACGGGCUUUACUCUGAAGAUGGUGCUGAGGCCCAUUGCUGUGUUCUGGAGAAGCGGUCACCGUGGGGCUGGUCCAAGUCUGCGGAUCAACCGUCUAAAAACCCUGUGGUACGAUCUAAAAGCUACAACAUCCCUUUGCUGCUGACCCCUGUGGCUGAGUAUGACCCAGAUGCCAGCUCUGUUGGCAGUGGAGGAAUUCGGCGCCACUCGGCCUGUGAGAUUAUAACAUGCCUGGAAGAACAAGGACUGGCCUACGCUGACUUGGCCUCAGGGUCUGAACUCUCUGGCCCCUCCUCCAACCGGCUGUGUGUGGGCUCUCACUUCAAUGGUAUUGUACAAGCGGGAGCGAGCGCCAUGGCCUUGCCUCUUUCGUCUCCGUCUAUCCUUCAUUCCUCAGGAGCUCUGCACGGCACUGAGGCCACGACAACAAUGACUGAUCUCAGUAAGGGUGCAUCCUCCACGCCGCCCAGUGAAUCUUCCAGCCCGGAAACCAUAAUUGGACAAGGGCUCGAGUCCGCAGACUCAGAUUCAGAUGGGAUAUUUAUUGAUUUUCCACCUCACUCCUCAGAGGCUAUGGGUUACUGCCGCGAGAGCAGACAGAGCACUCUGUAGCUGUGGUUGCCUUCAGGGCAAAAUAUUAAAAUAUUACAGCUACUUUUGAUUAAAUUGGUACCAUCUUCCUUUCUUACUUGUCCAUUCCAAGUGCUUUUACUAAUGAGUGGGAACCUCGCAGCUCUAAAAUGUCAACUUUUUAAGAACUAACUAAGAAAAUAUAUUUGGUCCAGUUACAUACAAAGCAAAUCCUAGUGGAAUUAUUAUUAAAGGACUGGAAUGUUUUCCUAGGUUUUCAACCUGAGGACACUGUAGUUGCUUUUUAUCCUGAGCUUUCAAAUGUUUUCAUAAACAUGAAUUAGUCAGAUUAUGUUCUUAAGGGAUACAUCUGGUGAUAUUCCAUAUUUCUCUUAUGGACAAAAAAUCCUUUGAAAAAACCAAAAUCAACAAUGAAUUGAUCCCAGGAAGUUUUGCCUGAAGCUUGAUUAAUUUACCACUCCCACAGACCUCAGCUUUUUUCCCAAAAUCUAAUAACACAUCCAACACCUGCCACACAUUUUUCUUAAUUUUGACAACGUAGCCACGGUAGUUUAUUUUGACUCAAUCCCACAUACACAUUAAUGGUACGUUAAAUACUCACCAGAUCAUCAAAUGCUGAAAAUAGUCCCCAACAAAUGCACCAUUUACUCCUGUUAUUAAAAAACUACAGUACCAAAGAAUAAUUCUGCUUUCUUGAAUUUAAAACUAUUCAUUUGUAACCCAUUUUUAAAUAUGUAUGUCUUCACUAGAAGUAAAAGGGACUGGGGCUGAGUUUCACAGACACACUGCUGAAGUCCGAAAGUAUUGACUGAUGGACUUACAAAUUGGUGGUUUUGGUCUUUUCAUGAGAUUUGAUGACAACAUCAAAAAUAUAUAAUAUAGUCAAUAUUAUCCUUUAAUCCAUAGAGGAGCAUGUUAAUCAGAGUUAUGAGGUUUUCAAACAGCAUCAGUUUCAUACCUCUAAUGAGGAGAUGGCUGUUAACAGCCACCAUUUAUCUGGAAAAGUGACAGACACUUAACAUAUUUAUCUCUUUGUAUUUGUGUAUUUUGAACCUCAUAACAGUUUUAUAUUUCUUGUUUUAUGUUUUGUUGUCUGCCUCUUGGCAGUAACACAUUAAUGAGGUCUUUUGUUCUCUCUUUUGUGCGAUAUCUUAUGAAAAUGUGGACUGUUGAAUUGUUUUUUAUCGUCAGCGGGUGUCAUAGAGGUCUAAUGCAAACAUCUCUUCUUAGAGCAAAUAUCAGUGUGACAGCAUUUGCUUUUCUGUAUUAGCUCUGUACAGCAGGACUUUGAGGAAUGUUUAUUGUUUACAUUUGAUAAAGACAUGAACAUUUUGACUGAAUGUCGUCUCACACACUGUAUUUUGCACCAUCACUACCUUGUAAAUAGAAAUGCAUUGCUGGCUUUUAGGACAGCUAGAUGGUGUAAAGUGAGCUGUUACCUUUAAAUGAAUUGAGAUUUGAAUAAGGGCUUUUUAACUGAAUCUUUUUCAAACGAUGUUUUACCUCAAGCGUUUUGUACUUUACUUUUUUGACAAUCUAUAAUGUCUACGGAGAUGUACUUUGUAUUAAUUUGUUAUACCAGCCCAGUCAAAAUUAAAUAA